AAAAUUAUUAUUAAAAUAAAUGAAUUAAACUAUAGUAAAUAAUUAGUAUAUAAAAAGAUUAUAAAUAAUUUUCUUAAAACUUUGAUCAAAAAUUAAUUAUAGCUGUCAACGAUAUUUUUUAAUAUUAACACAUAAGUUAUGACUGUUUUAAGUGAAAAUGAGUUAAAUUCUGAGUUCAUAGCAGAAAGCUAUGAAAACAUCAUUAAAUCAGUCGGAGAUAAACGUGAAUACAAAGGACUGGUACUCAGGAAUGGCUUAAAAGUCCUACUCAUCAGUGAUGUAGAGGCAGACAAGUCUGCGGCCGCACUGGAUGUGGCGGUGGGCUCGAUGUCGGACCCCCGGGAUGUGCAAGGGUUGGCCCACUUCUUAGAGCACAUGCUAUUCUUAGGCACCGGUAAAUACCCCGUAGAAAACGAUUACCGCAAAUACAUCGCAAGUAACGGGGGCUCAUGUAAUGCCUAUACGGCUGAGACUCAUACCAACUAUCACUUCAAUAUAUCAACAGAUUUCUUGGCCGGUGCUCUCGACAGAUUCGCACAGUUUUUCAUUGAGCCGCUGUUCACAGAGAGUGCGACGGAAAGGGAGUUAAAUGCCGUUAAUUCGGAGUACGAGAGGAAUAUACCCGGAGAUGGCUGGAGAAAUCAUCAGUUAGAGAAAUCUCUGUCAGAUCCUAACCACGAUUACAGCAAAUUUUCAAUUGGAAAUAAUGAGUCGUUGAAAGAGAUUCCUUACGCCAAAGGCAUUGAUGUCCGCCAGGAGUUGCUGUCGUUUCACGAGCGCUGGUAUUCAGCAAAUAUCAUGUCUUUAGUCGUUUUGGGCAAAGAAAGUAUACCAGAAUUACAAGAAUUAGUGAUUCCUAUGUUCUCUGGAAUCCGGAAUAACAGUGCAAUCGCUCCCAAAUGGACAACAAAUCCAUUCACCACUGAAUGCCUACAAAAGCAAUGCUUUAUUGUGCCGAAUAUGGAUUACAGGAGUCUUACCAUUAAAAUCCCAGUCCCCGAUAUGACCACCCAUUACAAAUCCAAACCUUACCGAAUGCUUGGACACCUUAUCGGACACGAAGGGCCGGGUAGUUUGCUAUCGGAGCUAAAAGCCCGCAAUUUGUGUACCAGACUAAUAGCCUGGGCAUCGGCUGGUGGGCACCGGGGGUUCGCAUUCGCAACAAUUAAUGUCGAUCUGACUGAACAGGCUAUGGAUAGCAUCGAUGAUAUCAUUUCAUUGGUCUUCCAAUACAUUAAUUUACUUAAAAGAGAGGGUCCGAAGCAAUGGAUUUUUGAAGAAUUGAAACAAAUGCAAGAAAUUAGGUUCAGAUUUAAAGAAAAGGAGACACCCAUGGGUUACGUGAUCAGCCUUUCCCGUGAUUUACAUGACUACCCUUUUGAUGAGUGUCUAAGUGCUGGAUAUUUGUUGGAUGAGUUUAGACCCGAUUUGAUCACUGAUUUACUCAAUCACUUGACUCCGGAUCGCAUGCGAGUGACAGUUGUGUCCAAACAGUUCACCACAAUUGCAGACCAGACAGAGAAGUGGUUCUCAACUCAAUACACACAACAAGACAUUCCUUCGGAAAAGAUCCAGAAGUGGCUAAACAUUGGAUUCAAUGGCAACUUAGCACUUCCCCCGAAGAAUGACUUCAUUCCCUAUGACUUUACUCUUAAGUCAACCGAUGAUAACGUGAAACAAAUGCCACAAAUGAUUAGAAACACAGAGUUUUCUCGUGUUUGGCAUUUGCAGGACAAUCAAUACCGCACUCCAAAGGCUUACUAUAAAUUCAAACUAACCAAGUACGGUAUACAACAAAUACGUAUAAUUUUGAGCAAUCCACUCGCAGAUGAUAGCCCUAUGCACUCAAACUGCAGUUAUUUAUUCACAAAAUUGUUUGUGGAUUCUAUAAAUGAAUAUUCAUAUUCAGCUGAGUUAGCAGGGUUAUAUUACAACUUCUAUUACACUGAAACUGGACUUACUCUAACAUUUGGCGGAUAUAACGAAAAACUAAACUCAUUGAUGACCACUGUUUUGGAUAAAUUAAUUGCUUUCAAAGUGGAUCCUAAAAAGUUUGAUGUGUUUAAAGACCUUAAUAUCCGUAGGCUUAAAAGUUACCAAACAUAUAAUAUACCUUAUUUACUCUACUAUUAUACGAAUCUGAAUAUCGUUGACCGGGAGUGGACUUAUGCGGAGCUAUUAGAGACAGCUAAUGAUAUUACAGUCAGCGAUGUAUCAGCAUUGGUAUCCCAACUACUGUCCCGUUUCCAUAUCGAGGCCUUAAUCCACGGAAACAUCGACUCGAGUGAAGCCAUAGAUGUUUGCGAUGUGUUUGAGUCGCGAUUCAAGUCAGCCCUCAAUACCAAACCCAUACCACUGUCGCAACACUUCCGCAAUCGUGUCGUCCAAUUGCCCGACGGAUCCGACCAUUACUUUGAGGCCACGAAUGGCAUCCAUAAGACAAAUGCAAUUCAACUCUACUUUCAAAUCGGAGUCUCGGAUACCAUAAUAAACUCAAAGAUAGGACUAUUGCAGCAAAUACUGAAAGAACCCAUUUUUGAUAAUUUAAGGACUAAACUACAGUUGGGUUACGUUGUGUGGGCCUCCUAUAGGAUGACUCAUAGUGUUCGGGGCAUGACUUUCACCAUUGAAUCCGAUUAUAAACCCAAUGAACUGAAUGAGAGAAUCGAGGCUUUCAUACAAUGGGUUCACAAAUACAUUGAAGACAUGAGUGAUAAGGACUUUGAAACACAGAAACAGUCAGUCAUUACACAAAGACUCGAGAAACCGAAACAAUUGUCAGAAUAUUCUCAGAGACUUUGGUCUGAGAUAUCGUCCAAAGAGUAUGACUUCAAUAGGGAUGAGAUUGAAGUGAAAGCCAUCAAAGAGUUGACAAAACAGGAUAUCAUUGCCUUCUUUGAGAGACAUCUCUCCCACACUUCAACCAAUCGUAAGAAACUGACGGUCAGUAUAAUCAGUGAAAACCCAAUCAAUGAAAAACAUUUGAAUGAAGUGAAUGCGGAUCUAAUGCCGGCCCCAAAACUACCGGAAUCCAUAAGAAUUGAAAACAUAACACAAUUUAAGACACAAUUGGGUCUCUAUUCUGUACGCAAACCUGUGGUCGAUGUCUAUGCUAUUGUCUAA